UCGUAAACGCAUGUAUUCCAUACUUUUAUCAUUCAAUUUGAUAGAUUAUAUCAGUCAAUAAGUGCGCAUCUAAAUGAAUACAUCUGUGUGACACUUAAAAGUACGCUAGAGUGACUGUAAACACCACAACAAUGCCUAUGCGGAGUGAAUUAUCCCUCUCUGUGGCGAUGGCGCUAUCAGGACUGUCGCGAAACGAAUGCGAGCCUUUGGGAUACCUCUUCGACGAAGGCGCCAAAAUAGUAAAUGCCGCAUCCAGUUCAUCGUCGAGCUCAUCAUCAUCCUCACGCACGUCACCUAGUCUAGCGUCGAGCGAGAGUGGAAUAGCCUCAUUUUCCACGGAAUACUUCACUCCUCCAUCGGAUGACGGCUUCUCUCUAUUCCAAUUGGACGAAUUCCUCGAGACACUCGACGAUCAUCAAGAAGACAAAAAAACCGAAGUUCCAAUCCCUGUGAAUACUUCUCAGGUUAUGUGGACGGGAAGAAAUAUACUAAAUUUGUACGCAAAUAUCCAGGGAAACGCGACAAUGUACGCUCAGGCCACGAUACCCAAAGGAGUUAGCAGUUACUUUAAUAAUCGCUCACAGCUCUCCCGCUUGGAGGGCGCAACAGUACCACCACAUACCGUCCACUCCUGCUGCAACGGAAGCUGCGAAUUUGUCGAAUACGUUUUUACGUAAAUCACUGUGAUUUGAUCUCAGAUUUUUUAUUGUUCACUCAAAGAACUGGGCACUAAUACUUUACCAAUUAUUGGUAUACCUACUUAAUUUAUAAGACUGACAAUAUGCAAUAAUUGCAAAAAGUUUAUUUAUUUCACCGACUUUUUUCUUUUAACUCGUUCCAAAUUUCAAAGAUCCUUUGAUAUAAAUAGCAGUAUUUUAAUGUAUUCUUUGACUUAUGUUGUAUCGGUUGUUUAAAUGUUAGUAUUAAUUUAAAAAGGUCUGGUGUGCUUUAAAAUUGUGAUAA